ACGCUUCCGGUUAGGGAAAAUGGCCGCGGCCGUUCGGGACUCACGUGUGAAUGCGGGCAAAAAGCUGAAAAAUUCUCUGAAGAAGAAGAAGAAGAUGAAAAUGGUAGCCAAGGCUGUAGCAUCGGAGCUAGAAGAUGAGGUUAAAAACGAUUCCGACCAUGGAGGUUUUGCAGGAAGCUGUAAAUUGGAGAAGGAUUGCUUUUCUUCUGAUGAUGGAGCAAUAGAAGCUGACAGUGAAGAUGAUGCUGAACCCUUUGACAAAGAAAAUGAAAAUGCUGCAGAAUCAAGUGGUGGGACUAAUGUAGGCUGGGCAGAUGCCAUGGCCAAAAUCCUUAACAAAAAAACUCCUAAAAGCAAACCCACCAUUCUGGUCAAAAACAAAGAGCUGGAAAAGGAAAAAGAAAAGUUGAAGCAAGAAAGACUAGAGAAAAGAAAACAGCUUGAUAAGAAGCGGGAGUGGGAAAUGAUGUGCAGAGUAAAGCCAGAUGUUGUCAAAGACAAAGAAACAGAGAGAAAUCUUCAGAGGAUUGCAACGAGGGGUGUGGUGCAGUUAUUUAAUGCUGUUCAGAAACAUCAAAAGAAUGUUGAUGAAAAGGUUAAAGAAGCUGGAGGCUCUAUGAGAAAGCGUGCUAAGUUGUUAUCAACUGUUUCCAAGAAAGAUUUCAUCAGUGUUCUGAGAGGAAUGGAUAGAAGUACAGAUGAGAAAAAUUCUGCUGGGAAGGACUCCAAAAGCAAACAGAUUGAAGGGAAAUCAGAAGAGGGCCCAGGAUGGACGAUUCUGCGUGAUGAUUUUAUGAUGGGAGCAUCUAUGAAAGACUGGGACAAGGAAAGUGAUGGACCAGACAGCAGCAGAGCAGGAGCUGCUAGUGACUCGGACACAUAGAGCAAUAUCGAAACAGUUUGCAAUCGUUUUGUUUUUCCUAAAAACAAUACUUCAUCCUAUAAUAGUUGGGGAACUUUAUAAAGGAUACAUUUUUAAGAAAAUGAAAAAACAUUUACCAAUUUUGGUGUUUUCCCUUUUCAUAUAAACUUCUAUACAAAUUAUAUUUUCAAUCCCUGUAUAAUUUUAAGCAUUGUUUCCCAAAAUAUUUGUAAAAGGAACUAUUUCUGCUUGUCUAGAGAGAGAUAUAUUUUGCCAGGAUCGUUACAUGUUUACAUAUUGGUUGUGUUUCUUUGUGUGUUGUUUCAGUAUUGCCAAUGUUUCUAGAAAUGCAGUUCCCAAUUUA